AUGAAGUGGUUGCAAUCUCAGUCCCAAAGGGCUAUUCAGAUCGCACUCCAAUCCAAGGCUCUCUUAAAAACGCCAUCCAAACCACUUCUUUUAGGCUCAGCAGCUUUUUUGGGCUUUUAUACUUUAUUCGAAACUAUACAAAGGCCAAUCUUAUAUCGAAGAAAUCUAUUCUCACAAAGCGGAAUUUCUCCUUUCGGUCAAGAUGGUAGAAAGCUAUUCGAGAGAAAUAAUGGCUCACAAAGUUCACUAAGUUGGCGAAAGUAUGCAAAUAUCCGAUUUUAUUGUCCAAAACCACAUGGUUUGCAUUGGUCAGAUUUCAAGAGAGACAAUAAAGGAGCGCUCUUCGGACCGAGGCAAUGCGACUUUUGUGGAUCUGAACGCUUCCUGCACCCUUCUCUGCGGAAAGAAGCAAGGCCAAGUCCUUCUCCAUCAGUUUUGAAAAUGACAAAGGGUACGGCAAGUCGCAAGAUUGUACCCGCCUUGUUUAAAAGUAGAUCCGCAUUGAAUUACCAUUUUCAACAAUUUCUCACCCUCCUUCCAGAUGCUAAAAAUGGCCGAUCUCCCUUCCACUUCGUCGGGAUCGGCAAGACGUCAAACUUUUACCCAACGAAAUCAGUUCGAUUCUCUAAAGCGCAAUAUCUUUUCUAUAACGCUUCCGUAUGA